AAUGAAUUGCGCGCUGCAGUCUGCGACCGCGCUGGACGAGCAUUCAAUAGCGGCGGCCAUGUUGCCGCUCGCCACAGCGUACUGCCGCAAGUUGUGUACCGGCGUCAUACAGUACGCCUACAUGUGUAUACAGGAACAUCAAGUUUGGACCAGUCAGCAGUUUUGGGAGGCGGCUUUCUAUCAGGAUGUACAAAGAGACAUAAAAGCCCUCUACCUACCGAGUCCUACACAUCAUCAAAGGGUACCGAGUCCAAGGGAAGAUGAAGAAUACAUAUCAUUGUUAAAAGCACAAGAACCAAGUGCGUUAGAGAUAGCUGCAGAACAGAUGAGAUUGUGGCCCACGUUACCACCAGAGAAACAACGUGAAUUAAUAGCAAGUGAAGAAUCGACGUUGUACAGUCAAGCUAUACAUUACGCGAACAGAAUGGUGUACCUGCUGCUGCCGCUAGAGGGCGCCGGCCGGAGAGCUGACGCACGGGGAGAUGACGCCGACAGAGCCAGUAAUAGUAUUACUAAUAGGUAAUACUUUAAAAUUACCUUC